AGCACCCAUGGGUGCCAGCAAGAGGGAGGUCUCCAUCUGGUCCAACCUGACUGUGCAGUGGCCUGGGGAAGGCAAAAGCCAGACUGAAAAUGCUGUUUUUCUCCACAGCAACACGUGGGCUGCAGCUGAGGAGAUGCCUCAGUCGGAUGUGGGGGGGCAGCCUUUGGGCAAGAUCCUCUCUCUGGACAGGCUAGAGGCCAAGAAAGUGCUGGAGAUUUAUGUCAAGCGCUCACUGAGCUGCCAUGAAAACUCACUGGUGGCCAAAAAAGCCCUUCUGGAGAAAGACAGAGGGAGAGGGAGGAAAGCGGAUGGGCUACAACGGUCAGAAAGCGAUUUCUUCAUGUACUCAUAUGCCAAACCCAGCCCUAGGAAGGACCAGGAGGAGAGACUCAGAGCACCAGACCUGGAGGAGGCUUUGGGUGAUGACAGCAAAGCUUCCCAGGAAAUGCCUAAAGAGGAGCUGAAGGCCAAGAGGAAAAGCACAAAAAACUCCUCCCAGGGCAAAACACAGCAUUCGUGUUCAAAAACAACCUGGCUAAAAGGUUUCUUAAAUCUCUUCCUCAAGAAGAGCCCUGAAGACCAGAAGGAAAACACAGGGCAAAAACCCAAGGAGAAAGAUGUCAAAGCUCCUCAGGGCUCCAAACCAGAAGGAGUCAAAAAACACAAAGUAGAUUCAGGCACGUCCCCAGUGAUGGGCAGAGCCCUGAAGAAGAAGCCCAGCCUCAAGAAGGUUUUCUCCCUGAAGAAGCACGGGGAGGAGGAGCGGGGAGAGCCGGGACCUGGGGUGAGGAGCAAGCGCCCCAGCUGCCUUCCCCUGCGGCAUGUCCUGGCCCCAGCCCAGCCAGAGGCGGAGCCCUAUGGGUACCACACACGGGAGUCCGAGGAUGUCGGGCUGAUCGCGCAGGGCAGCGAGAGCCGGGGGGGCAGAGCAGGAGAACGUGGGGAGCCCCCAGAGCCCCCCGGCACCGACGGGGUCGAUGAAGCCAUCAAGAGAAUCGUUGCCCUGCUCCGGAGCGCAGGAGAUGAGCUGGACAGGCAGGUGAGGGAGGAUGCACGGCUGCAGCUGUUCUUCAGGGACAUGUCCUACAGCUCCUUCAAGAGCCUGGCUGAUGCCUACAUCCAGAAGGAGCUGACAGCCAGCAGGCCCAAUGCCAGCCCCCAGGAGAUCCAGUUUGCCUACACGGUCCAUCUCACUGCCACGGUGGCAGGGAUCUGCAGCCAGGCAGUGAACAGGAUCAUGGGCUUUGGCACACGCUACCUGGACGAUUCCUUUGCACCCUACGGCAAAAUUCUCCAGCAGAAGACAGAAAAGCUCAGGACAGACCACUGUGACAGCCCAGACUGACAGCAGCUGCUGCGAGGGGCCUGUGGUGCCUGGGAACCCAAGGACCAACAUUUAGUGGUGGGAAGACAACCCCUGAUGGUGACCUGGAUGUGGGGUAAACUUCUGAGCUGUGGAUUUAAAAUCUUUUAAGGAAAACUGCCAGGACAGCGCCAGCUGUGUGAAAGCUUGGACCCCACCUGUCUGGGGAUGAAGAGUCUGUAAAUCAAACAGAGCCCAAAUGUCACCCUGUAUUUGUAUUUUAGCUCUUGCCAAGUCUUUGUGUUGAACCUCAGGGGUUGUUGCUGUUUGUGCACAUGUAUUUAUUUACCUGCUUUUCUAAAUGUAUUUGUGAAUGUACAGCAUAAUUUUUGUAGUUGCUGCUACCAGCCAAGAAUCCAGUUUGGAAAAAAAUCUAAAACUCAAAUAAAUUGGUGCCUAA